AACGGUUAGAGCGGAGGACCCGGUGAGGUCGUCUGAAGGCUGUGUACAAGAUGGCGGUGGCGCUGGCGGUUCCCCGCCUGGCCCGGUAUGGAUUGUUUAGUUUUCGACCCAGCACAGCCCUUCAGGUUCAACUGCUCCAUCAGAGUUCGGUGACAGAGGCAAGCAGCCCUGUCCCAGAGGGAAAAAAGAGUGGGGCAGUUGUCCCCAAAUUCUCUUCACUCCCAAGCAGCAAAGGGGAGUAUGUGAUCACCAAACUAGAUGACCUUAUCAACUGGGCCCGGCGGAGUUCCUUGUGGCCCAUGACUUUUGGAUUGGCAUGCUGUGCUGUAGAGAUGAUGCAUAUGGCAGCUCCCCGAUACGACAUGGACAGAUUUGGAGUGGUGUUCCGGGCCAGUCCUCGUCAGUCAGAUGUUAUGAUUGUAGCUGGCACUCUCACCAACAAAAUGGCCCCAGCUCUUCGAAAGGUAUAUGACCAGAUGCCAGAGCCUCGUUAUGUAGUCUCCAUGGGAAGUUGUGCUAACGGUGGAGGAUAUUACCAUUACUCGUACUCUGUAGUGAGAGGAUGUGACCGCAUUGUGCCCGUGGACAUCUACGUCCCAGGCUGCCCGCCCACAGCUGAAGCACUGCUCUAUGGCAUCCUGCAGCUCCAGAAGAAGAUCAAACGAGAGAAGAGGCUCAGGGUCUGGUACCGGCGGUGAUGGCCCCUGUCGGCAGGAAGCAGGGAUGGGGCUCUUGGCGAGAAGGGGACCCGGCCCCUGUUUAUUUAUGAUCUUAUGCCAUGUGAAUGUCAAUAAAAUGAUCUGGUUAAUAGA